UUAAGGAUUAUAUGUUUAUCACUUUGUUUUAUACUAAGAAACAUCACCAUAUGGACUUUGCAUCAGGAGCUCGUUGCGCCACUUAAUAGUUUUUAGUUGUUUUUUUUAGGUUUAAUCAUGCUGACAAAUAAUGGAAAGAAGACAGCCAUCUCUGUAACCUGCACAGCGUGUCUCUGCCUGCUGCUGCUCGGGGUUUUUGUGCAGCAUCUCCAGAUUCAGGUGACGGAUCAGAGCACAGGGGAGGACACUGGUGCGAACUCUCUCCUCCAAGACGCAGCGUCGCUCGGGAGCGCUCGUGAUAAGAAAGGAUUCUCUGCGUAUUUCACCAAACUGACCCGAGGACGUAGGGAGGUGGAGAGACCCGCAGGCUCAUCUGCCACCUCCGCUGAGCCUCCUCCCGCUGAGGACAUCAGCGCGGAUGACAUCUUCAUCGCUGUGAAGACCACCAAGAAGUUCCACCAGUCCAGGCUGAACCUGCUUAUGGAGACUUGGAUCUCCAGAAACGUGCAACAGACAUACAUCUUCACAGAUGGAGAAGAUGAGGAGCUAAAAAAGAAAAUUGGGAGUCAUGCAAUCAACACCAACUGCUCCGCAGCUCAUAGCCGGCAAGCUCUGUCAUGUAAGAUGGCGGUGGAAUAUGACAAGUUCAUCGAGUCUGGAAAAAAGUGGUUCUGUCAUGUAGAUGAUGACAACUAUGUGAAUGUUCGGACUCUGGUGAAGCACCUGUCUCAGUACCUCCACACCCAGGACAUGUACAUCGGUAAACCCAGUCUGGACCGACCCAUAGAGGCCACAGAGAGGCUGGGCGACAACAAGAUGAAACCAGUCAACUUCUGGUUUGCCACUGGAGGAGCAGGCUUCUGUGUGAGUCGGGGUCUGGCGCUGAAGAUGAGCCCAUGGGCCAGUGGCGGUCACUUCAUGAACACAGCAGAGAAGAUCCGUCUGCCUGACGACUGCACCAUCGGCUAUAUCAUUGAGUCGGUUCUGGGGGUCCCUCUUACCCGCAGCAACCUGUUCCACUCUCACCUGGAAAACCUGCAACAGGUAUCAAGAUCUGAGAUUCACAAACAGAUCACCCUCAGUUAUGGGAUGUUUGAAAACAAGAGCAACACCAUCAGUUUGAAAGGGGCUUUUCCAGUGGAGGAGGAUCCAUCAAGGUUCAAGUCUGUGCAUUGUCUCCUGUAUCCAGACACUCCAUGGUGUGUCCCCCAGGUUGCCUUCUGAGGCGACCGCUCCUUUCUCAUCCUCGUCCCUGUCGCGCCUCGGUAUCUGAAAGGCUCGCAGGGACCAGUGUUUGGUAUCAGACCGUAUAGCUGCUGUGUUCUCACUGCAGCGGUUCACGGUCUUUAAUGGUUUUACUGGGCUGCUGUGCGGCCCGCCUCGGGACUUUUCCUUCCUGUCCGGAGCCAGAACCUCAUCCUGUAAUGCUCGGGGGAAGGACCUAGGCUCUUGGAAGGAAAUGGCUUUCACCGUAAAGCUUUGCAGGCAAUCAGUUGAGCUUUGUGAUGUAUAUGUUGCUUGUAAAUGUAUCUGCAAUUCUCAUAGAAUGUAUCGUCAUAUAUUCAAGCCUUUUGCCAGCUUUACAUUAACUUUUCUUUUUUGCUUUUAAAUAUACAAAGCCACUCGUGUUUAUGUUUGGCUUUGAGCCUUGUAUUCCAUAUAAUUUCCUUUGCCAGGCAUUUGUUUAGUUGUUUUAACUCAGAUGACUCCGGAUAAAUGCGCUAAUAUGAAGAUGUUAUUGUACUUUUAACUGAACAGUGUUAAGUAUAUCUUCUACAAAAUGAACUGGCAGUAGGCAGAUAUCCAAGUGCAUCCUAUCUUGGGGCCUAAUCUGAAGUAUAUCAGGACAAAGCACUUUUCCCUUUCUAAUAUUUUACAGUGAACAGACCCAGUUUACGUCCUUUAAUGACAUACUUCAGAUUUAUGUCUCAAAAAAAAAAAAAAGAAGAAAUAACCCCUCAAAAUCUUAUUUUCUAUUCAUUUUUAUGUAUUUAAUAAGACUCCUUGCAUUAGUUACAAUCAGGGAAAAGUGAUGAGUAGAAGAGAUUUUGUUUUGGGGGUUACAAUCAGCUUUGAAUUGCUUUGAAAAGUCUUGUUUUUUGUUGUUUGAAAGUUGCACAGCUGUGUUACAAAUGAGCAGAUGCCGCCCUCUCACCUCUCAAGACACAACAGUGGAAAAUAACUGGCUUUUCACUUAAAUGCCAUUUUAAGAAGUGAGUCCAAAACAGCAAGAAGAAGAAAAAAGUCUACAAUAGUUUGCACAAAAGACUGGGGAGCUUCUGUUAUCAUCAACAUGAUUGUUCCGUAUUUACUCACAUUACCUGCUGGUUACUGUUGAGCUUGUGAGAUGAGAGCAGCAUCUGUGUUUCCACAUGGAGGUGUUUGUUCCCUCUGUGUCGUCUCUCACCCAUGUUGGGUUACGCUACACAUCCUGAUUGCAGUAUUGUAUACUGCAUCUUUGUUUAAUACGUAGUGAUUGUAUAUGCUUAGAAUGUCAUUUUCCUGUUGUGGCUGACACUUUUAAUGACCUGGCCGUGGUCGUUUUGUAUUGCUUUGAACUGUACUUAAUGACUGUGCUGUAUAUUCUCCAGUAUCUGGAGGGUUUGAACAGUUCAGUCCCAAUACUGGCUUCUCAGGGAUUAUGAGCUGAUCCUGGUAUUAACUACCAUGGGACCCACGGUGGGACCUAAAACUUUGAAUAAAAGUGCAUAACCACUGAGAAACUUUA